AACAUUCUCGGCAUCCAUCAUUGCCUCCUAUGUUUCCUUUGCACGUCCACGCCCACGAUCCAGCAACUCGAACUGAUUCGUGCUACCGUCUCUCCGGCUCUGCUCCAUAGCACAGGACUAGGCCUUCUCUCUCAUGCCAUCCCGCCGGCCGCACCACAAGACCAGAAGAGGGUGCACCUCGUGCAAAAAACGGCGUAUCAAGUGCGACGAGCACACCCCCGAGUGCCACAAUUGCACCAAGAAGAACCUUACGUGUAGCCUGUUGACCCUUGUUCCCUCCUCGCGGCUCUUAAGCAGUUCAUCCCCCACACCUGUAACUCCAUCUGAGGCGGUAGCUCGACGUAUUUUCGUGUUCCAUCGAACUCCUGAAAGCCCAACUCCGACAAUAUCAACACUGUCGUCUCUUACUGCUUCUUUCGAACACUGCUUCAGCGACUCUCCGGCUUUCUUCCAAUCGAAAGGAAAGGAGUUAAUCCAUCAUUUCCUGACCAAGACCAGUACUACUUUGGCGACUCAUAGCCCUACGCAGCAGGUAUGGCAAGUUGCCAUUCCUCAAAUUGCUACGGCGCACCCGUAUCUGAUCCAUGGAAUCAUUGCUGCUACCUCUCUUCACCUCUCUGAGCUUCAUAAGGAAGUCGAAGCAAAGGAAGCCUUUGCCAACAUUGCUGCCCGCCAAAUGGACCUUUCCCUAUCAAAUUACCGCAACCAGCUAUCCAAUAUUACGGCCGAAAAUUGCAAUGCCUUGUUUACCUUCUCUAUCUUAACCACCAUUUAUCAAUACCGAAUAUUCCGCAAUGAGUCCGCAGCGCUCUUGUCAUUAGCUACCCAAAAAGAUGCCGAUAUGCCAUUAGUCGCGGCUCAACUAAAAAAUGUGUCACUUGGACUCCUUAUGAACAUGCGCGGAGGAGCAAAGGCCGUCCUUAAUCCAAGUUGGAGUUGGAUCUCAAAGGGACCGCUGGCAGACCUAGCUGAGCGGAAGUGGUGGCCAACGGACCGGACCCUAAGAAGCCCGCGACACUUUGAAGAGGACCACCGACUACACCAGCUCAAAGAACUAUGGAUGAUCCCGGGACAACCAUAUAAGAAUGAACAUGAUGUGUUACAAACUGCUCUGCAAGAUCUUCGCGAUACAUAUGCUCUGGUCGCCCAACUCACAGAUGACUCCACGGUGCGCGCUGUAUCAUGCACGGCGCUGGGUACAUUAAGGGAUAGGGGCGCAAUAUUCAAGUGGCCUAUUGGUUUGUCCCAAGAGUUCAUGAAGUUGGCAGAGCAACAGCAUCCCCACGCUUUCGUUAUCAUUGCCCACUGGGCAAUCUUACUUCACAGAAAUAGCGAUCUAUGGUUCUUAGAAGGCGUAGCGUCGACUUUUAUAGCCACUACAGCCUCGUUACUAGGUAAAGGCAAUCGAAGCUACAUCGAGUGGCCAAUACGCGAACUUGGGCUCCAAUUACCUGAUGGGCUUUGAUGUUCAUAAGCCUGUGGAAGCGGAUCUAAAUGCGAACAGUACUGAGGGGACGCUCGGGCUUAGCAUUAUUGGCCCAGUGACGCUGGAGAGCACGGAUACUUGGCUUAGCAUGUGUCGUUUAUAUACCAACCUGCGUUGCAUCGUAGAUUGGGGCCGGACCGUGUAUCUGGAGUGGUUUGAACGCGAGGUUCUUGGCGUCUAUGAAAAGAAGGCCGCGGCGGCUGUUGGGUGAAAUUAAUAAGUAGAAUACGGUUCUUUGUCCUU